GUGGGGGCGGUUCCGGUUCCGCUUCCGGCCGCCGCUCGGGCCGGGGGGGCCGUGCCGCCAUCGCCGCGAUGCCGAAAGGUAGAAAAGGAGGCCACAAAGGCCGAGCAAGGCAGUACACGAGUCCUGAGGAGAUUGAUGCCCAGCUCCAAGCAGAAAAGCAAAAGGCAAGGGAAGAGGAGGAGCAAGAAGAAGGAGGUGAAGGAGCGACAGGGGACCCUAAAAAGGAGAAGAAAUCUUUAGAUUCAGAUGAGAGUGAUGAAGAUGAUGAGGAUUAUCAGCAAAAGCGCAAAGGAGUGGAGGGGUUGAUAGACAUAGAGAACCCCAACCGUGUCAUUCAGACAACCAAAAAAGUCACUCAGCUGGACCUGGAUGGACCCAAGGAGCUCUCACGACGAGAGAGAGAGGAAAUAGAGAAGCAAAAGGCAAAAGAAAGAUACAUGAAAAUGCACCUAGCUGGGAAAACAGAGCAAGCCAAGGCAGACCUUGCCCGAUUAGCCAUCAUUCGGAAGCAAAGGGAAGAAGCUGCCAGAAAGAAAGAAGAAGAAAGAAAAGCAAAAGAUGAAGCGGCCAUGGCAGGUAAAAGACUGCAGUCACUAUCCCUUAACAAGUAAGCACAGGCCAUGCAAGAGGAGGAAACGCCAGGGAACUGUGCCUGGUCCUGCCAGGAGCUCUGCUGUGUCGCCUUCCAUCGAUGCCACGCAGGGCAUCCUGCAGCAUUGACCUCACCUCCACCUCCAAGAGACACUGACGAUGUGUUUGUCCUCAUCCUGGCACAGAUUUCCAUUUGGGGUUAGGGGCAGCUGCUCUCUGCAGUGCAGAGCUGUGCUGGACAGCAAUUCCCUGUAACAGUUUGGAAACAUGAAUGUUUUUGCUGUUUUUAGGAUCAAGAACUCUUAGACGGUGG